AUGCGCUACCGAAAGAGGGUUGUCUCGACAAGAGACGUUGUUUUCGACGAACAUACCUUCUUCGACGGAAAGCUCGAGCAACAAUCGCUGCUAUCAGGCAUCGAAGAGCUUAUCCAGAAGAUAGAGAUCCCGGAGGAUCAGAGAGGUAACCAAGAAGCUCUCGAUGAAGAAACCGAUGAAGAAACCGAUAUCGAAGACCUCGACGCAGAAAGCACUGCAGGAAGCACGAUCGUCGUAAUGACCCAAGAAGAAGAAGACCAAAGCGAAGAACAGGAAAAGGAAGACUACGAGAGGGCUAGAGUUCUCGAAGAAGCUGGCCUUCUGACGCCUCCCACAACAGCGGAUUCAGAAGACGAACCAGGGCAGUCUUUUCAGUCCAUCUUCCUGUCGCUACCCCUGAGGGGUGGGAGGGAAAGCAGCCCUCCGUGA